AUGUGCAAUUUGCCAAAUUUGUUAAAACAAUUGUUAGAAGGUGCUCGUUGUUUCUUGCUUUCCAUAGCCAUUCUUAUACAAACCAAUAAUACAGAACGGGUGGUUGGUGGACGAGAUAUACCCAAGGGAGAAUUUGUACCGUAUCAAGUUUCUUUACAAUACUAUAUGUCAACGAAAAAUUAUAAACACUAUUGCGGUGGUUCUAUUAUAUCGAAAAAUCUUGUUUUAACUGCAGCCCAUUGUUGUGAUGGACUUCAAGUGGAGAGAAUGUCGGUUAGAGCUGGCGUUCGUGAUUUAAGUGAAAAUCAGGGCAAACGUUAUGCAGUAGCAUUCUAUCAGAUUCAUCCUAACUACAAAGAAUUUGAAUCGAGCGAUAUAGCAAUUAUAAAAAUUAUAAAUAAUUUUGACUUAAAUAAUAUUAGUAUGGCCGCUAUUGAUGUGUUUAGCGCCAAAAGAAUUGCGGGUAAUGUUGAAGUAACUUUAACCGGUUGGGGUCUUCGUUUACCCAUACAACUUCCUAUAUUUCAAAGUCAAUUGCAGAAUUUAAACUUUCCAACGGUAUUGCAAACAAUGAGUUAUAGUACAAUUUCGGAUCGGGAGUGUAGAAAUAAGGGUAUAGAUCGUUUAUCGAAAACCGAAAUUUGUGCUCAGGGGUUUUUACUGAAAGGUGCCUGUGUGGGCGAUUCCGGUGGACCUUUAGUGCGAUAUGAGGGCAAUCGACUGCAACAAGUGGGUGUAGUUUCAUACGGUUUCUUUGUAUGUGGUGUUUUUGAUGUACCCGAUGUUUAUACUAGAGUUUCCGAGUUUUCAGAUUGGUUGCAACAAAAUAUAGCCCGGAAUUCCUAACGAAAUUUUGAUAUUAAAAUUUCAAUUAUUUCCAUUC